UUACACACCUUACUACCCUCAGUCUUUGCCCAACAAAAAACACCUGGGCCUGUUCAUUCAUGCUCGCAAUGAGUUUACCAGCCCAGCAGAAACCCAGCACCAAAAGAACCGGCAAGCGCAUCACAUUUUUCAGUGACCAAGGACCGACAAUGAAGGAGACUUCUCAGCACCCGGAGGGUUCCUUCUACAGCCUGGGUGGCCCCACAUCAGAACCUGGACAGAUCGAAUCUGUUAGUGCCACGUCCUCAAAUCCGGAGGCCACUCGUGUGUACCUUAACUCGGUCAUCUUCAGCCCAGAUAAAGGCGACCAGAACAGGGGACAUUAUCAGCAGACCGUGCCCAUGAAGUGGGCCCACCAGGAGCCCAGUCUGCAGCAGCAGCAACCGUCUCAGCCCCAGCAGCAGAGAGCUGCUACAUGGACCACUAUGGCCAACUGGGGACAGAACUUUACUAAUUACGUAGGUGGAGUUAACAUAUCGGAUUCAAGGGCUCCAGCUUCUUUUAUGAAACCAAUGCAUGAUGUUGCGGGCUUACAGCCCCAGCAGCAGCCUCCUAAUAGGGCUGCAGACAAGCCACCACUUGGGGCAAACCCUGUUGCAGAGGCCUUCAGGGAAGUGACCAUAGCUCGUGGUCUGGAGUGGGAGCAGCAGCAGGCACCCCAGACCUUUCAGUCAACCCUUAAACCAGGGGCACUAAAUGCCCAGCAGCACAACGCAUCCCAUCCAGGAGGCAGCUCAGUCCUGCAGCCUUUCCAAGUCGCCUUUGGCCAGCCUAAGCAGCACCUGGCAGGCUACUACCAGACCCUUCAGGGAAGCAGAACAACCCUUCCCAACCUGAACUACACAACACAAACCAAACCCCCACACCAGUUGCAACAGCUGCAGAAGCAGGAGCAAAUCCAACGCCAGCAGCAGCAGCAGCACCACAUCCUCCAGCAGCAACACCAUCAAAUGCAGCAGCAGCAGCAAAUCCUCCAUCAACAACACGUACAGCAACAGUUACAGCAACAACAGCAACAGCACCAAAUCCAGCAGCAACUGCAACAUCAGCAGUUACAACAACAAAACCCUCUUGUGCUUGACUAUUACCCCAGCGCACAAAAUGCACACCCUCAUCCACAUCCGCAGCCUCCUGUGGUGGUGCACUCCCAGGAAUCCUCAGCGCCAGCUCCCUCUCCAACGAUCCAGGAGCCAGUUAUCCAGGACAUAACCCCAGAGCCCCAGCAGCCAACAGAACCCCUGCAGCUUCCUCUCCAGCCCUUGCCUCACUCCCAGUCCCAGACACAGCUACAGUCACAGCCACACCCUCGCAGAUCAAGGCGACUCUCCAAAGAAGGAGGGGCACCUUCAGACAACCCUUUCCUCGUUGCCUCAGACCAGGGAGCCCAGGGGCCACAAGGCUCCCAGAACGGGGCCCCUGACAUCCAGGCAGCUCCGACAGGGGUCAUUCAGAGCACACGCAGGAAACGCAGGGUCUCCCAGGAGGUCAACCUGGAGACUCUUGCUCAGAAGGCCUCAGAAAUGGAGUCUUUGCCAUCACAUGUUGUUAAGGAGCCCCACAGGCCGUGGAGUCCAGCCGAGUCGGAGAGUCUGAAUGCCAAGCGGCCUCGAGACGACAGCCUGCUGCCACUGGUCAUUCCGGUGUCUGUGCCAGUCUGCAGGCAGGAGCCCCCCUCCCCAGGCAGGGAGGAAGCAGCCCCGGGCUCUGGCUGGCCGCCGAGAGCCUCCGACCUCCAGGACCUCGGCCACACAGACCACAAGCCCUCAGUCAUCGUCACCCGGCGACGCUCACUAAGGAACUCCUUGUCGGAGAGCUCAGGGCAGAAUGGCGGCGCGGAGGGGGAGAAAGACGACGACGGCAAAAAGUCCAAACGGCGGCCGCGGCCAGAGCCUCUCUUCAUCCCGCCACCCAAACCCGGCAUUUUCAUCCCCCCGCCCGUCUACCCCAGCAUCACGCCCUACCAGAGCCACCUACGCUCCCCUGUUCGCCUGGCGGAAAACCCUCUCAUCAUGCCCCCCUACACCCCGCCGCCCAUCCUCAGCCCCGUCCGCGAGGGCUCAGGCCUCUACUUCUCCACCUUCCUGUCCUCAGCCGCGGCAGCCAGCAGCCAGGGUCUGCCCCCACCUGCCACGCCGAAGUCUGCCUCACGAAGCCUGUUGCGCUCCACUGCUCCUUUAGACAGCUGUGACAUAACUCCACCGGUUCUGUCGUCCAUGAGCGAAGUCACUCCAGUCAGCAUAGAGCCGCGGAUAAACAUCGGGCCGCGGUACCAGGCGGAGGUUCCUGAACUAAGGCAGCGGUCAGCCGUCCAGCUGGACCAGCACCGGGCUGAACUAGUCUGGGUUCCCCUGAGUGAGCUCGAGACAAAGGCGGACUAUAGCAAGAGAGUGGAAGACCUCAUGCACCUGGCCUGCUCCAGUGCACUGUGUGGAGGGGGGACCAACCAAGAGUUAGCCCUGCAUUGUCUGUACGAAUGCAACGGAGAUAUCAUGGCUGCCCUGUCCCUGCUGAUGCUGACGAACCCCUUGUUACCCAAGUCCCAUCGUUUAUCAAACUACCACUACUCAGGAUCGGACAGCUGGACAGCAGCUGAGAGACGCCAAUUCAACAAGGGUAUCACUGCCUACAAGAAAGACUUCUUCAUGGUGCAGAAACUGGUGAGCACGAAGACGGUGGCACAGUGCGUGGAGUUCUACUACACCUACAAGAAGCACGUUAAGAUCGGACGCAACGGGACUCUGACGUAUGGGGAGGCAGAACUGCAGGAGGGCAAGACAGCUGAGGAGGAGCUCGACCACAAGGGCUCUCAUCGACUGGAAUCCCGCAAGGAGGAGGACAACAGGAAGUGGGAGGGCUCAGCUGAGAGGAAGCGGGACGUCAGCCCCACCAGAGUGACACAGACGCUGCAGGCCACUGAGAGUGGCGAAGCGGUCCUCAUCCUGAAGGGCCAGGAGUGUGGGGGGAGAGACCAGUUUACGGCCCAGGUCAUUCACCCACCACAACCACACCCUCCCAGCUCUGCCGCCAAGCCACGCCACGAUGGCAAUGGGCGCAAGACCGGCUCGUCUGGGAGCAGCAAGGCCCCGGCAAGCCAAGAGGGAGAGUUCCCCUGCAAGAAAUGUGGAAGAGUCUUCUACAAGGUUAAGAGCCGUAGCGCUCACAUGAAGAGCCAUGCUGAGCAGGAGAAGAAGGCGGCCGCCCUGCGACAAAGGGAAGCAGAGGAGCGAGCUGCUGCUGAAGUGGCGGCCAUUAUGGCCGCGCAGCAGAAUGGGUCACGGGAGGGAGGCGCUGGAGACAGCACCAACGACGACAACACGUCUGGCGGGGAGGAGGAUGACAACGAUGACUGGCAGUGAGACUGAGACGAGAGCACGUCAUAUGGACUGGACUCGGGAGCAGCCUUUUUUUUUUUUCCGUUUGAAAACUGGACUGUCUCGUGAUGCCGCUUGUCCCUGCUGCAGUCAGCGGACUAAAGCAAGGCCUCGGCAUGUAAAUAUGCCUAAUAGACUAACACAGAGUAAGGAAAAACCCAUGGACUGGGGGAGUUGGAUCAGGGGGGAGGAAUUAAAAACAAACCUCCCCCCGUAAAACUGCUUUUUGUUUUUGUAUCCAUUUUUGUGAAAUGGCAAGACUUUCCCAGCGUGACACGUUCAGGGACACAUCGGCUCGCGCCUACGCGUGCGGCGGUGAGUACAUGUCGGUGUGUGCACGGGCGCUCUCCAAUGCACGCCAGCCCCCCUUUAAUCUGCCUGGGAAGCGUUUUCAAAGCGUUACCUCUCUCUCUCUCGUCACAGGGCUCUCGCGAUGUCAAAGCCAUUCUACUUCUUCACACUGCAACGGGCCUCUGUCUGCCGGCGCUCGCUCGCUAAUCCACGCCAGGCCGCCUUUCCUCAGCACUUUUGAGCCCCGCCCCGCCCUUCCGUAGUCAACAAGCGGGGGGCGUAUCAGAGCCUUCUCUCACACACGUUGGGCCCCGUGCAGCCAAGACACAUAUCUGCUUGCAUCAGGACCCGUUUGAAUCGGCGACAGAAGGAGUGCAGCGUUGAGAAGGUUUGCUGAAGAAACCCAGUGAGAUUUUUUUGGGGGGGGGGGGGUCUCAUCCUCCAAGUCCCUUUACAUGUGAAGGAACAGAUAACAGGGUCGCGACGGAUGGAUGGCUGGCUGGUUCAAGCAAGCUGUUGCCUGUUGGCUGCUCUUUCCCAGUCAGGGCUGCCUAAGGCUCCACCAGAAACACGACGUUCACCGAAUGGGUUCCUCUUCUUCAGCGCGCUUUCUUUCUUUUUUUGUUGCAGCUUCAAUUCUGUGAAUUUCAACCCCCUCACUCCCCCUUUUAUAGCUCCCCUUUUGUUCCUCACUGUUGAUGCCUUGGAUGUUUUGAUGCUUUUUUAUCUCGGAAUGACAAUCAAUUUUACAUCUUUUUUGAUAUCUCUAUAACUGUUUUUCUGCCGGUGUAUCUACAGUUAUUGUUGUUUUAGUGAAUAUUCUUGUUAUUGUUGUUGUUUCUUAUGAUAUUAAUAUUAUUAUUAUUUUAUUAUUAUUAUCAUGAAUUGGUUUUGGCUGCAGUUUAAUUUGGAUCUUUUUUUACUCGUUUGUCCAUAGCAUUUUAUAUUUAAAAAGUUGCUCUUUGCUGCCUGUUUGUAACUGUGAGUUUCUGAAAAUCAGAAGCGAAGAGAGAAAAAAAAAAGAGAAGCAGCAGCAAUUGUAUGUGCAAUAGAACAAGUUGACCCCCUGUUGCAACACCCCCCACCGCCCGGCUACCCUUCACCCCCCCCCGCCCCCAUGUCGUCAAUAUGGCCGACCUUUUCUGCGGACGCCUCUCUUGAGUUAAACUGGUGUAUAGAAGUGGGUCUCUAGAUUUCAGUAGAUACACACAUUGGAAGCGAGACAGAAAAUGGUGCCGAGGGAGGGAGUGGUGGGGGGGGCGCUGCUGCACAAUCGUACCCUCUCAGACUCCCAUCCGAACCACGCACCGUAAACACUUAGUUGGAAAUGUUUAUCCGGUCGGGCCUGUCAUGGACUUGGCAGCGUCGACUUAACCUUUUUGGUUGUGUCCGCUGUCGGCGGCCAAAUCUUCUGAGUUGGUGUCGUCAUUACUUUAUGAGCGGGUCAGAAGCGAUGUUUUUGUCAUUCAAGAUGGCGCGAAAGGUCUGCGCCCCGGUGCAGGAACCCGGUAGGUCUCUUGUGUAUCUAUUGCUGCCACUCUGGUAGCCCUCCAUUGAUGGGACCGGCUGAGUUGAGCUGUUGAAACAGCAGGUCUCUGUCUAUCUUUGCAUAUCUCUAUCUUAAGCCCUUUGGGCCCAGAGCCAGGUUCUGUUGCCAUGGCAACAAACAGGCUAAAGGUUUUUUGUUUUUUUUUUCGCUUUAAAGGACAACCUUGGCGGGGAGAGGAACUGUGGAGGAACGGCUCCGAACGCCGGUUACUGCACAAAGUAAAGCUGGGUCUAUGCACAGUGUGUUGGGUGGGCGGGCGGGUGGGUGUGUGCGCGCAUGCACACAUACGCUUGUGUGUAUUAAAGGGUGUGCUUGUGCUCGUGAGCGUGCCUCGAGGUCAAACGUUUAACCGCCAGCCAAUCGAGAAGAAAAGUUUUGCAGACUGUUCACUUUUUUCUUUUUUUUUUGUUAUUUUAAUUUAUAUUUUCCUUUUAUUUUUGGCUUGUGACGGGAUUGUUGCGGGGCAUUGUUGUUCUGAGACUUUCAUGCUGUAAAACAGAAUUAUGGAUGAAAUGAGGGCAUGCCACGACCAUACAGCUGUAAACCUCCCUCAUUUCAUCCACUCAGUUAAGGGAAUUUGGGUUUAAAAAAAAAGUGUUUAUUUAGCUAAAGAUUAGAAAAUUAUAUAUGAAUGAAGUUCUAUGUUUGCAUACUUUCUAUGCUAUUUUCCUAUGGGGUUCACACUAAUGAAAAUGGAGAGGAAUCUCAAGUGCUUUUUACUACAGUGUAACUUAUUUGUUUUCAAUUUGAUUUUUACCACUUGUGUUUUUAGUAAUGAUUUAUGAAGCACUGUAUAUUAAAGUUUUACAAUAUU